CCAUCACAAUGUCUGAACAGCAAUUGCUUGAAGCGUUUUCUUCGGCUUUGGGAGAGGCUGACAACCAAAGUACUUUUGCUUGUGGUGGGCAUAUUCCAGUCAUUCUCGAUUCAACAAACCUUCCUGAGGACAAGAAGGUCGACAUCGCCUCGCAAGUGUUCGAUCAAGUCAUUACGACCAGACCAGUCACGAUACGUUAUGGAGCUCCAGGUCAGGGCCAGACUUUGAGGCUUNNUCCGACCGACACAACCAAGGAUCCAGCAUUCCUCAACCUGAUCAGCACAUGCGAGCCCGCUACGUUCGGUCGUGAUGGCAGAGAUUUGUAUGACGAGCAAUAUCGCAAGGCGACCAAAUUGGACACUACAGACUUCUGUACGAAUUUCUGUCCCUACGAGACUGGAGUCAUUGACAUUGUUUCACAACUUCUCAUGCCUUCUGUCAAGUGGGAGGUGACGAUCUGCGCGCCUGAAAAGUUACAGGGAGACCUACCCAUCAUCAAGGCCGAUGUCGAACUUCUGCACGCUGUGAUUGAGGGCUCCACAGAGCUUGAUGCAAUGACCGUUACAGAAAUCAUAACUUCGCGCUCGCCUGUUAAUUCUGCUUCGGUCAUGAACAUAUACAAGUCGAGAUACCAGCAAAGACUCGACGAGGUCUUGGGACAGAAACUUCAGAGUGCUGAUCUGGUUCUCUUGGAUAUACUCGCAAAAGCUUCUUCGUCAGACGAUUGGGCCGAGCCAGCAAAGAAUGAGCGCAACGCGAAUACUCAAUCUGCCGGAAUGAGCAUGGGUAUCAGGGCCGAACUCUACAAGCUCAACAUCUACAGCGGGCCUUCUGGUAAGUUCAGAGCGCACGUAGAUACUCCCAGAAGCGAGACGCAAAUCGGUAGCCUUGUUGUGUGCUUGCCUUCUGAGUUCGAGGGUGGAGUUCUCUCUGUGUCUCACCAGGGAAAUACUGUCGGAUUUGACUGGUCGGCUUCUUCCUCGAUCGCGUUCUAUUCGGAUUGCUCCCACGAGGUACAAGAGGUCACUGCUGGCCACCGUAUCACCCUGACGUACAACCUGUAUGCCUCACGCGGUAGUGGCUUGCUCGCUGGAGAGAAGCACAACUUGGAUGCUACACGCCUUCCGUUGUACCAGCCUCUUGUUAACCUGAUGAGAUCUCGCACUUUCAUGGCUGAGGGCGGAUUCAUGGCAAUCGGUCUUGCUCAUGCUUAUCCACAUACACAUGCUCUCCUACAUCGAAACAUGCCUGGAGUUAUCAAGGGAGCAGACAUGAUGCUUUACGAUGCUUUGCUGGCGUUGAAUCUCAGGGCUGAGUUCAUCCGGGUGAUGGACUUGUCCGAGGAGUGUGCUGAGAUUCGUGUAAAUUUCUGCGACAGAUAUGACAGUGAUGCUGAGAGCGUGUUUAGGCCUAGCGAUGAAGACACUUUCUAUCGACUUGGGUUUGAGCCGAUGGAGGUUUCCAGUAAGAUGCUCGAGAAGUACGAAUUGGAGGAUGGCAUGCCCGGAUGGGAACGUCUUGGACCUAUGAAAUGGGUCUGGCGUCCUCAAAUUUCCCAGUUGGAGAUAGCGUAUUUGGCGUAUGGAAACGAGGCAUCCAUGGCGACAAAGUACAGCAGUGCUGCUAUCGUUGUCAGCGUGCCCGCCCUACAACAAAGGCUGCACAUGUUUGGAAAC